AUGUCGUCUACAUCUUCAGCCGCAUCCUCGGCCUUCAGUAGGGCUAGUGCUCAUUCACUCAGCUUCUCUUCUAUCUCGUCUGAUUCUUCUCCGUUCAGUGGGGUUUUACAUGUCGACCAUCAAGGUUUUCUCAAGUCCUCGCAUCGUGCAGGGGGGCCAGUCUUAACUUCUCUCCCGGCAUUGGCGACAGGAAACACUUUUACUAACAACCCUGUGCAGCUCUGCGAGCUUGCGAGAAAAACUCUACGUGAUCUCAAACUUGAUUUCUCCGAGGUGGGUCUGACAGGCCGCAUAUCAAAAGUUGACCCUGAGCCUGCGCCAAUUCCAACUCUCGUUAUCUUCAUGCCAGACAUCUCGCAGCCUGAUCUUUGGUAUGAGGCUGCCAAGCAGAUCCACAGAGAUUUAGAGCCCCAGCUUCACGGUAUCUCUGUUGAAAUGAUUGAAGAAAAGUUGUACGCCGGGGCAUAUUGUUUUCCCGUUGAACAGACUCACUCCAUUUAUCCUAAAUGGAAAUCCAUUGCGGAGAUUAUUCUCAUAAAUCUGAACAUCGAGGAGUGGACUGGUCUCGAGUGUUGGCGAUAUGGAACUAACCCGGCUAAAAAUCUAAACCCUGUUACUAUUAUAGUACAGGUCGAAAAAUCUUCCACCCAGUCUUUCCUUACGGCGAAUCAAACUAUGCGGGGCAUUCUUACUUACUUCAAUGAAUCCGGUGUUGAUAUCCUUUUUAUGAAGGAUGGAAAACAGAACCUGGUAGAGAACCCGAUGCUCGAUCCUAAUUCUUGUCGUGGAGCGAUCCACCCUGGCGUUAGCUUAGGUAUCCACGGUAGCUCUGCUGUAACGUCAACUCUAGGCGGUUUUGUGCAGCUGCGGUUUUCUGGACAGUCCCACUGGCACACAUAUGGUCUGACAUGCUUUCACGCUGUUUGGCCCCCAGAGUGGAAGCGCCCAGAAUCAAUGUUACAGAUUAAAGGAGCAGUGACCGCGCUUUCACAAUGGGAAUAUGGCCCGCUUAGGCUCGAACACCCACCCUCCAGCAUUGCCCGACAAAUCUUGAAAGUUGAUCAUCCAUCUCUUAAGGAUCUCCAGCAUACCAUCAACGUGAUAGAUGGCCAUAUCGAUACCUUUAAAACCGGAGAAUUUCUCGAGUGGGAAGCGACCCAGAGGGCAAUUGACCAAGGCGAGGAUCUGUGUAUUCCAGAAUCCGCCGCCAGGCGUUAUAAGGGAAUCGCUAAACGAAUCAGUGAGUUUAAAGCCGUCCGUCAACAAUUUGCAACAAUGCGCGACAAUAGAUUUUACUUUCUGGGACAUGUUAUUGCUGCAAGUGGCGUGUACCGGACCAAAAAGAACGAUGCAGACCAACUCAUCAGUAUGGACUGGGCUUUGAUUGAUAUUGACCCGGGCAGACUCCAGCCACAGAUUCAUGGUAACAAGGUUGAAGGCAAUCGGCCUUUCGGUAACGGCCCAACCGGACUCGUUUUAGCCAGCGAAUUUCAGUUCAACCCCCAGCUGAAGGUUCAUUCGGGGAUGAUGCUCUACAAGACAGGGCGCUCCUCCGGAGCAACUUCCGCUCCGUACAAUGGUCUUAUCAAGGUGGAUAUUUGUCGACAGAAAACAGAAAGUGGAGGAUUCCAAAAGAUCCCUACAUGGGUGCAUUCAGUGGCCAAUGAGACUCCCCAGGCAUUUGCAGAGCCGGGAGAUUCUGGUUCAUGGGUGUAUACGAAUUACAGCGACGUCUUCGGGAUGGUACUUAGCGGCAAUGAACGGUUGGGCACAGCAAGCAUAUCCUCCAUAUUUGAUAUUUUCAAGGAUAUCAAAGUUCUCACUGACGCGGCGGAAGUGAGGAUUGCCCCAGGCCCGCCACUUCCCUGA